GGGAGUAGGUGAGGAAUUUAUUGUUAUCGCGACACCAUGUAUUGGUGCGGAGGAUAUGACAAACCAAGAUCAACAAAAACAGAACUCAAUUAGCUAAGGAGUGAAGAAACUGAAAGAACUUCACAUCAUAGAGCACAGUAACCUAAAAAAUAAAGGCGAGAGAGAAACAAAUAGGUUGCACCGUGUUUAGAUCGAUUGAGCCGGGUAAGUUCAACUGGGAAUGGAACCACGGGAGAAUCAGAGUUUGCGUUAUUGAGAGCUAGGGGAGACCUACGUUCGUAUCGGUACUGAUCCUGUCCUUAAACUGUGUGAGUAACCAGCGUGCUGCAGUAUGGUUACUCUGGCAACGGAAUAGCUAGCGUUAUUGUAAAAUGCCUGUCCGAAGAGGCCACGUCGCUCCGCAGAACACUUUUGUGGACGCUAUUAUCAGAAAGUUUGACAAUCUUAAUAGGAGAUUCAUCGUAAGCAAUGCCCAAGUUGAAGACAUUCACCACCCAAUCAUCUACUGCAAUGAUGGUUUCACCGAACUCAUGGGUUACACGAGGGCAGAGAUCAUGCAGCGCUCGUGCAUAUGUGAGUUUCUGCACGGACCUCUCACCAGCCCACAUGCGGUUGCUACCAUUGAAGAAGCUCUGGCUUCUCUUGAAGAACGUCAGGUUGAGAUAGUAUACUACAAAAAAGACGGCUCAAAGGUUUUGUGCAGUCAAGUGAUGGCGCCAAUUCGGAAUGAAGAAGGAGUUAUAUGUAUGUACAUCAUGAAUUUUGAAGAUGUCACAGAUGCUCCAUAUCGGGAUGAACAACUAGAAGUCGAGUCCCCUCUUCAGGAGCCCCGACUGCUAUUGAGACGAGUUACGUUUCUUCGUCGGUUCGUCCCGACUGCACCUGUACAUAGACGACGAGCCCCAUCCACGAUGGACACAACCGCUAAAGCAAUUAAAAAAUCGCUGAGACUGCGAAUGCCAGGUGUAAAAAAGAGUGAACAGUCCACUUCAAUGAUGAGUCCUGAAAACGAGGCUGUUGCUAUGGAAAUGUUCCCACAAAGUGUCGGCACUGACCAAUCAAAGGAUACAUUAGAGAGAAGGAGAAGUUUGGACAUUAGUAAACGAAUUGGUGCUUUACCCGUAAGACGUGAUAGUGACUCUUUAUCACUGACCGGAACUGGUUCCGUGACCCCUCUGACAUCAUUAGAAGCUGUCCAGAAAAUGCACGAGGCUUUAAAGGCUUCUCCAUUUGCGGCAGUGGGUCAGGUCCAGUUUGCCGGCCGCCAUACUGACCCUCAGCGUCGACGAGCUCUCACGAUCGACAUUGGCCAAG